CCUGGUUCCCUGCGAAACCCUCGCCUAUAAAUACAUCCUGUCCCAAAUCCAUCCAAGGUCUCUCUCGCUCUCUCCUCUCCUUUGUCUGUCCUUGGAUCGAUCUGAGAGGUAGAAUCUCCAUUGCGCAAUCAUGUUGGUCUAUCAAGAUCUUCUCUCUGGUGAUGAGCUUCUCUCGGACUCGUUCCCUUACAAGGAAAUUGAGAAUGGGAUACUGUGGGAAGUUGAAGGAAAGUGGGUUGUUCAAGGAGCUCUCGACGUAGACAUUGGCGCUAAUCCUUCUGCUGAAGGAGGCGAUGAGGAUGAGGGUGUUGAUGACCAAACUGUCAAGGUGGUUGACAUUGUUGACACGUUUAGGCUCCAGGAGCAACCUGCUUUUGACAAGAAGCAGUUUGUUACUUAUAUGAAGAGAUUUAUCAAGUUGUUGUCGGAGAAACUCGAUGACGAAAACAAAGAACAUUUUAAGAAAAACAUUGAGGGAGCCACCAAGUUCUUGCUUUCGAAGAUCAAGGACUUCCAAUUCUUUGUGGGGGAGAGCAUGCAUGAUGAUAGUGCUUUGGUCCUUGCUUACUACAAAGAAGGUGCCACCGAUCCAACGUUUUUGUACUUUGGUCAUGCUUUGAAGGAGGUCAAGUGCUAAAAAGUGCCAAUAGCUGGCUUCAAAGUGAAGUGCUUGCAUUAUUAGUUCUAGUUUUAUCCCUGAAUGCCUUUUUUUCUAUCUUAUGUGCUGGUGGACUUGAGGAUUUGUGCCUCCUAUUUUGGGUUAAUUAUUGUUUGUUAACUAUAAUGAGCUCUUCAUUAAUGGGUAUUUAUGUUUUGCUUGACAAAUAA